AUGCCCGAGCCUCUUCACUUGUUCGACCUUCCAGUCGACAUCCUAUCGCUCAUCCUCCAACAACUUCUCACAGCCCCAAACAGCGGCAACAUCCCCCUCUGUCCUUGCACAGACAGCUCCCUCAGCGUCAACCCGGUCCCCAUCUUCCUCAUCCACCCGUCCAUAUACGCAAUCGCCCACCCAAUCUUCUACGGACCGGCAAACACAUUCAUUCUAGACCUGACAGGCAACCACGCCUCUCAUGUGCGACACUUCAUCAACGACGCGGCCGAGGAUCUGCCGGAUGAUGCGGAAAGAAGCAGCAAACAACAGGCGCAGAGCCAGCUUCUGCUGCGACAGACGGGAGGCCGGUUCCUCCUCCUGUCGCAAGAUGCGAGGCGCAGGGUACGAAAGCUGGAGAUGAGGAUCGAUAGGCUGAGGGGAUGGCUCUGGGAGGAUCUGGGCCCGUUCCUACAGGACAUGGCUGUGAGAGGCGAGCUGGGGGAUCUGACUCUGGUGGUGGAGGACGGCACCGGGACCAAGGAGAGGCCCCAUUCGGCUUCGAGACUGCUUCUGCGGCAGAAGAAGAGAGUGUUUGAUAGGCCGCCGCUGGAAGGGCUGGUCAGGCUGUUGGCGGACCCGGGGAUAAGAGAGGCGAGGCUGAGGGUCAAGGGGAGGCAUGAGCGGGCGUGGUGCGAGUUUCACCAGGGAAAGGAGUGCAGUUCGCUUUCAUUUCUGAGACGGAGAAAUGAAGAUACUGAUGAUGAUGCUGCGAAGAAGCAGGACGAGGAGGUGAUUGAGAUUGACUGGAGGGCAAUCUUGAAAGUGAUUGAUCCUGAGGGAAGAAGAAGAGUGGUGGCCUGGCAGGUGUAG